AAUAUAUUUUCUCCAUAGGUUUUUUUUUAACUAGUAGAAUUGUCGGCUGUGCAUUUUUUCCAUAGGUUUUGGAAAUGGGUUUGUGUGAAUUUUCAAGCAAAGAUUAGAGCUUUCGUAUAUUUUUGACAUAUUUUCUAGCAAAGAUUAUAUUUUUUAUAUAUAGUUUUCAAAAUGGGUUUUUGACUUUUGAGUUCUAUUUGCAAGGCAAGCUCGUCUUGGUCUCUACAAGAAGCGCUUCACGCUCCAUAGAUUUCAAAUGGGUUUGAGUAAUUUCUAAAAAAGUUCAAAUCUUUUAGAAUGUUUUUUCCCAUAGCUUAUGAAAAUGGGGUUUGUGUAACAUUUUCAAGCUAAUAUUACAUCUUCCAUGUAUUUUGCAUAGAUUUUCAAAAUGGGUAAUUAGUACAAUUUUUUUUUAAAAGUCUAAAUCUUCCGGGUGCGUGCAUAUGUCACAGGCUCCUAGCUCGUUGAAUCAUGGUGUGCUUCUACCCUGCUACUCAUCUCCCCCAAUCUAGCGAAGGGUUUUACGCUCUCAACAACCCAUUUCAGACAAAUGGGCCAAAAUGGUUCUGCGAAAAAAAGUGGCUUGGUAUCGAAGUCCCGGACAUGUACUUGAGGUUGGACUUGCCGGGAGUCGGACCAGAUCCAGACGACGUUGAUGUUUCUGUUGUCGACUCAAAGAGAGUUUUGAUUAUCAAAGCCUUGGCGCCAUGUCUCAACAUAAAUGACUCCUCCCCACGCAGCUACGAAACCUACUUCAGACUCGACUGCCAUUGCUGCGAGAUAUCUAGCGUCGACAACCCUCAAGUAACCCACGGGGUUCUAAGGCUACUCGUCUCCACGACCCCCAUCAACAUCGGAGGCUCUCCCGAUGAUGAUAUUCACAGCCGCCUCCUUCGCUUGGAUCCCGAUGACCAGGAGCCGGAGUUAUCGGGUCAGAUAGUGGAGCCACACCUAGGCUUGAGCGAAGGACCGGCUAGUGCUUAUGAGUACAAACAGCUCCUAGGCGACAGCGUAUACGUUCGUUUAGACAUGCCUGGCGUUUCUGACGUUGACAUCAAUGUCGACACCGUGAAUAAGAGAGUGGAUGUGGUUGGUGAGGCUCCUACCGUUAGCCACGACUCAGGUGGUCGAUCGUAUUCUGUCGCGGCUCAUCUCGGCCUUGGUGCCUUGAUUACCCCUCCUAGGGUGGAGCACAACGUCGAGAACGGUGUGGUGCGCCUCUUCAUCCAUCCAGGUUGAUUUCAUUACGAAAACACGUUUGUGUUUCGUAACUAGUUCCAUAUUCCGCAGAAGAUCUCGGGAUUAUGUCGUCUUUUAAUGUUUUUCAUCAGUAUGUUUCGAAUAAUAAAAGAUUCCACCAAUAAAAGACUGAUGUGUCACAGUAGCAACAUGUCAAGGUAACCAAUAAUCAGAAGUUGAAACUCAAAUGUCGUUGCUAAGCAUGUUGCUGAUUCAAAACUUGAAAGAAAGCGUAGAAGAUACUUCAAUAUUACAUUUUUAUCUUAUGAAA